AUGGGCAUUGAUAAGAAGAAGAUAAAGCGGCAAAAACAGGAAUGUACCAAUAGCACGCCAGGCCAAGAUGAACUCCAACAGGAGGAUGGAGUCAACGACCCCAAAAACAAGAAUGAACGCAACAAACAAAGCAACCUCACAACAGACAAUGCUACAACAACAACUACCCCAACACAAGCACAAGAUACGAUCGACGUCAGAACCAGUGAAGAGGCUCAGCUAGAGAACAAUCAAGUCAGCAGUCUCGCCAACCAAAUGCAAGAGGCUGACCCACAAUCAACCGUUAGCAUAACAAACGACAAAGAAGAAGAAAACAACGAAGAGGAGGUAUCACAAGCACUGCAAGACCAAGAGACAACCCGUGUUGAAAAUGAACCCCAUAGUGAACCUCAAACAGACGAAGGCGUCACAGAACAGGAAGUUUGUGUACAAGAGAUUUCCAGUGCCACAACAUUGCAGAUCACCAUCACGAGUACAAAGGAGAAAGCCCAAGACAUCCCAGCCGAUGAGAAACUAGAGACUGUUAUACCUGACAAAGAAACAGUCGAUGCAGACACGAAUAACCCAGUCAUCAACACAGAGGAAACAAACGAGUACGUUGAUCUCGAAGAUCAAGAAGCAACACAACCAAAGGAAACUCGAAAACACACAGAACUUCAAACAACAACAUCUGAAGAGGAAGAGGAAGCAAGCGAAAGCUCUGCCAUUGAACAAGAAAAACAAGAGGACAACACGAGACAAGGAGAAGCCGUAGUUCUAGCAGUAGACAGUCCUGCAACUCAAGAGAAAGAGGCACAAGAAGCUCAAGAGAGCACCAACAAUCAAGACCAUCAAACACAACCAGACGAGCCCAAUGAACAACCCGAACAUGUUCUUCAAACUGUAGACAAUAAUGCCACUGAAGACGAAGCCAUAAAAAAUUCACUCACCAAACAACAGGUACCAGAGACAGCGGCAGCGUCAACGAUUGAAAAGCUGCAAGAAAAAAACAAGGUCAGUGACAAUGAACAGCAAAAUAAAGAGCAAGAGAAGGACCCAAAACCACCACUCAACGAAGAACACACAGAGGAGACUAGUGAGCAAAAGGAGGGCACUGAAGAAGGGCAACAUGUUCUUCAAACGGCAGACAUCAACGUCACAGAAGACCAAGCCCCAAAAUAUUCACUCACCGAAAAACACGUAGCAGAGACGGCAGCAGCGACAACGACUGAAAAGUUACAAGACAAAAACGACGGCAGCGGCGAUGAACUACAAAAGAAAGAACAAGAAGAUGCCCAAAAACCUGCACUCAACAAAGAACAAGCACAACAGUCAGCUGCAGCAACGAGAACAGUAGGAGAGACAAUAGAAGCAGCAACGAUUGAGGAGAAACACGAAGAACGCAACAACGGAGAUACAACCAAUGAAGCAAACACACGGAUUGUUCUAGAGAAAGAACCAGAAACUAUCGAAGAAAACCCUACACCAUCGUACGAUGCCAAUUCCCCUGGCAGAGAGGUCAGUGCCAACCAGGUCGAGACUGGAAAAAAGACGGAAAAGACCACCGGCAAGACAUGA